AUAAUUAUAGCACCCACGUUGACAGACAGUGAAGCUCCGACUGCGGCCGUGUGUAUAUGCGUGUGUAGGUUGGCUUGGCUCAGUGCUACGCACACGGAAAAGAAACGCCAUCAACAUCUCUCAGUGCGCUGAAAAACAUGCUAAGAGAGGAAAUCGGGAAUGGACCCGACACAAAAGCUCCUGGAGCAGCAGGCGAUGGUUCCGGCGCAUACUCUCCCGGUGAUUACGAGAGCGAUGUCAGAGCGAAGGAGUUUCUUUCAACGGAAAGAACCGGAAGGCGGAACGCUCUGACAGACCUCCUGGAUCAUCAUCAUCACGUCGAAACUGGGACGCUAGAUUUGCCAAAUCGUUUCGAGAAACUUACCGUGGAGACAGAUCAAUCGAACAAUAGUAUGCAGGAUCAAAACUCGCCGAGUACCUCGAAACAACAGGGUUGACGAGAUCCUGGAUUUUCUGUUACAAAUGCUCCUGCAGCGCAACAUCGGUUUAAACUGCAUUAACACUAAACGAAAAGUAUUGUUUAAAGUUCCAGAAAACGAUGUUGAGCUAUCUCUUGGCCUUAGGAAUCGGCCUCAUAAUUCAUGUUACAGUUGGCCUCUUUUGCCUAACUAAUCGUCCCGGAACGUUAGCACAUUUGCCGUCGCCUCGAAAACAAGUUUCUAUGUACCGCGUAAAUGUGAACGUACUUUGCUCGGAUACACAAUUAAUGUGCACUAGUUUAUAGGUUGAUAACGAAAAUCUGAGACAUGUAUGUGAUGUCAUCACUUGACAAUAAAGUUUUCGGAAUGAUGCUGGAAUGCGAGAUUUAUUAAUGUACAUCGUGAACUAUCAUUUAUCAAAUCUGUCCCUACUUUUUUUUUUUAAAUAGAAAAUUAAAACUCUUGUUCCAGUAUCAGUUUCACUAAUGUUACAGUCAAAAUGAACCCAUUGUCAGAAUGAAACUUUAUUGUCUGUGAACUUGUACGAUACCGUUUUCCAAUUUUCGCAUGAGGAAUUAUAAUAUGAUUUUGAAAAAUUCUGUGCAAAGAGAGAAAUAUACUUUGAAAAGUUCUUAAGCAUUUAAUGAAAGCUUAGUGUCUACGAAGUGGACCCUUGCCAUGAGUCUAAUUUUACACGACUUCGCUGUUUUUUUGUGAUACUUAUUUAUAUUGUCAUUACGUACAAUUAUGUAAAGACAGGGUAUAGAGAAAAUCCUUCGGGUACUGCGUAAAUUUAUUUGCAUUUGGAAAAUUUAGUCGUAUUCAACUGUAAUUAAGGAUUUGUUUUCACAGUGCAGAAUUUUAUCUCGUUUGAUUAUUUAAAAAAAUUCUUAACUCGUUAUAUUUGUACAACGUGUCCAAUUUUAAGUUAAAGUAAAAGAAGAACAGUCAUAUUUUUUAAGCAGUUUUGUAACUUUGUACUUUCUGAAUGUCGGAAUAUCUUUAAAGCUAAGGGGUAAGGUAAGAAGCAUAGGUAGGAUUACUAUUAGGCAUAAAUGUUCCACAGUAUUAAAGAAUAACGUAAGAUCUCACGUAUAAAAUUAACGCUUUACGAUUAUUGGUAUUGCAAUUAUGUUAUCCAGUAUUAAAUUGCAAGCUUAGACUUUAUUUAAAGAACUCGAGAGUUUCAAAUCAUCCUAAAAAUUUAAUUUCCUUCCACUGUACAUAUUUGAUUACAUUGUAUAAAAUCAUUUUCAUACCUUAAAACUCGUCAAUUGAAAAAUGUUACAAAGAUAAAGUAAUCUCCAAAUAUCAUAGUAAAGAAAAAUGUUACAUAAUGUCGUUAUCCAAGUCCUUCACUGCUUCAUUUAUUAUGUUCCCAUAAGUAAUUCGAUAAUCUCUAUUCAAAGCAAUGCAUAGUAUUUUAAUUGCGUUAAAAGAAAAGAUUAAACAGUAUUUUAAUCACCGUUACUAUUAACUUAAGGACUUGUACAGAUAAUAUUAAGAUUACAUACUAUGUCUUUUAACAACCGAAUUGUAACUGUACCUAGAGUAAAUUCUUGUAUGUUCACUGGAAACCAAAAAUACUCAUUGGUAUAUCUGCCAAUUGGCAGAAUUCCAUUUAGGACAUGCAAUGAGAAUUUACUUGUAACUUUGAAGUAGAAUAAUCUGCAUUAUAAAAAAAGAUGACUGACGAAGGAUUUGUUACCGUUACCGUAAGCAUGCAAAAUUUUAAUGGUACGAAUAUGUGACGACAUUAUAUGGAAUUUUUGCUACUAUUUAAAUACGAAUAAGGUGUACAAGAGAAAACGCAAGUGAACAGCAUUGAGCUCCUAAUAGUAUUCAUAUAAGUGAUGAUAAAUCUAAUAAAUAAACUUAAUGCUUAAGGUUCGAAUUGGUGCUCCCAAUUAAAAGUCCAAAAACUUUUAUCAAAUCCAUGUAUGACCUCAUUUAUUGCAACAGUAAAACGUAUGACAUGUUCGUAAUAUUUGAAUUAUUAGUCCAAAGCUCUGACCAAUUGGAUGCUUACAUCGCAGGACUCUUUAUACAUCUGAAAAUGUUGAAACUUAUUUUUGGAACACUCAGCAUUUUUUAUCACUGUUGCAAUAAUUGAUUGAUAUGUAUUUGAGUUCGAUUACAAAACGAAUAUGUUGAAGGAUAGAGCCUAGAUAACAGCGUACGAUAAGACGAAGCUAUUGCUAAUAAAUAAUGAACGCGGAUCGAUGAAAAAUCUUGUAUGUACAGUGAACACGGUUACGAUUGUUACGUUCAUUAUUUAAGACUACUGUGUAUCUAGUGAAUAAACACAAUUAUAACGA